GUUGCGUCCUUAGCGUCGCCCGUAAAAAGAGAGAAAAGGGAAAAAUGAAUAAAGCAGAGACAUGCUCUCUCUUUCUCUCGCGGGGAAUAGCGUAUUGUGUCGCGCGCAUUGACAGCGAACUGCUCCGGGAGCCCGAGAGGCGGACGCUCACGGUUUUUCGAUAAUUUCACCGCGUGUUUAAACGCGUGUUUAAGGAUUGACACGAUCUCGGUAGAUCGCGACGUCCCGUGAGAAAUUGUGCGCGGAGGUUGUCGCUCUUUCCGUCUCUCUCUUGGCGCGACCUCUCUCUCUCUCUCUCUCUUUCUCCGUCGCUCUCCUCCCUCUUCGCGCCUCUGUUUCGCUCAUUUCUGACUUCGUACGAGAUUUCUUUACAACGACGUAGUACUUUACCUUCAUCAUGUGAGAUCGCGAAAUCAUGAGGCUGUCUAUUAUUAGCGCUUUUGUUUUGGUGCAACGACAUCGAUUUGUCUUGGGGGGGCUGUACAAUUCUCGAGGUGACUCGACGAGUCCUUCUAUCGUUUAUGUUCGCAUUAAUCAAAAAUAUCCGAGCGAUCUUUGUUCUUCAGCCGCUUUUUCCUCGCUCGAUUAGCCAAUCGCAAACAGUAUCCUAUUAUGAAAUUUGAUGAGUAGUUACUUUUGUACAGAUAGACGAUUGAUAAAACGAUUUGUGCAGAUAGACGAUUGUACAAAUAAAAACGAUUGACCGUUCCUCGCAGAGCUAUUAAACGUCUUCGGGUAGGAGCAGAGAGUCCUUGCAGCGACAUGAAGCGCGCAGCUGCAAAGAAGCUCAUCGAACGUUACUUUUAUCAACUCACGGACGGAUGUGGAAAUCCUCAUUGUGACAAUCAGCAUUGUGCCUCCAGUGGCAAAGUAACUAAUCUUACUCCAAAUCAAGCGGCAGCUCAAGCGAUACAGUUGUUCUCGCAAGAAGCAAGACUCUGCGAUGGAACGCAACCCAGUAAAGUUGCUCGGACUACUAUAGAGCCUGGACAAACGUCAUUAGCAAAAACUCUACCUGUAAAAAGCAUUAAUUCUACGAGUUCUGAUGAAGGAAAACAAGAGUCAUAUCUUACGGAAGCUAAGCUUCUGGAUAUUAUAGAAAAAUGUAAAGCAGAGAAUUCAUAUUCUUUAUUAAUUCAUACUCUGGGGGAAGUAUUUUCUUCUGGAAAAGCAUUAAGUCUCAGUUUUCAAAAGACUGAGAAAAGCAGUUCUCCUUUGACGGCACUUCUCGAACGAGCACCAGACACUCUGUUAAGGCCACCCGCAGAUUUGAAUAAAGAAGCGGUACGAUCUCUUCAGGGGGAAGAUAAAGAAGAGGAUAGUAGUGAUCCGUCACCUACAGUUCCUAACAAUGAUGAUACCAGUGUCGAUUUACCAUCGGUCCGCAGAGCUUUUGAAGCACUUUGGUCUCUGCCAGGCGAUGUGUUUGAGUCAGCUUUGGUCAAUGCACUAGUCUCUUUGGCAGAUGAUAUAGAAUUAGAUCUGAGAGUAUUUCGUAUGGUACGAUGGGACAGUAUGGAUAGUUUGUUAAAUGUAUUUCUCAUUGCCUUUGAAAUUCCGAUGCUUGGAAAUAGUGAAUAUUUGGAAUUAGCCCUCAUUAUGCUGUGCAAAGCGUUGAGCUGUGUACCAGUACUGGCACAAGCCAAGUUAGCACGCGUAUGGGCCAAACAUUGUAAAUCGCGGCUUCCAAGUCUUCUGCAAGCGUUACAAGAACUCAUAACUAUCAAGGUACUCGGAGGAAUUUUCACACGUGAUUAUUGCGUCCAAGAUGCAGACACUAUUACCGCACCUACAAAAGUUAUGAAAAUUUUAUAUUAUGCGAGUAUGUUGGCUGGUGAAUUAGAUCCGCCUGAGUUAAUAUUGGGCGACGAGGGUGAGUCAACCGGUAGUGAUAAAACUUCACGAUCAUCGAUAUCAGGACAAAUUCCUCAGGAUCUGUUGGCGACGGAAUUAGGAAUUACUGCGUUGGACGCACGUAAACCUUUCAUACCAUUUACUGAUUUUUACAAUGAGCCACUUAGCGAUGCCAUAGAAAUGGAUAAAGAUUUUGCUUAUUACAAAAGCGAAGAGCCAAUGAAAUUUAGCUUCAUGAAUUAUGCUUUCAUUCUUACGCCGGCCACCAAAACUUUGGGCUUAUAUUAUGAUAAUCGUAUUAGAAUGUAUAGUGAACGACGUAUGAGCUUUUUGCAAACUGUUGUCGGGCAACCUACUAAUCCAUAUCUCAGAUUAAAGGUGCGAAGAGACCAUUUGAUAGAUGACGCAUUGGUGGAAUUGGAAAUGGUUGCAAUGGAAAAUCCAUCUGAUUUAAAAAAGCAAUUGGUUGUCGAAUUCGAGGGAGAGCAAGGUGUCGACGAAGGCGGUGUGUCUAAAGAAUUCUUUCAACUAGUUGUUGAGGAAAUUUUUAAUCCUGACUUUGGCAUGUUCACUACUCAGGAAGAUACGCAAAUGACGUGGUUUAACCCGACAUCAUUUGAAAGUGACGCACAGUUCACAUUAAUAGGCAUUGUUAUCGGUCUAGCAAUUUAUAACAAUGUAAUUCUGGAUGUCCGCUUUCCAAUGGUGGUUUACAGAAAAUUACUAGGUAGAAAAGGCGGUUUCCCGGAUUUGGAGGAUUGGAGUCCGACAUUAUAUCGAACAAUGAAAGAAUUAAUGGAGUACACUGGAGAUGACAUGCCAGAAACAUUUAUGCAAACUUUUCGAGUGGGUUACAGAGAUGUAUUUGGAUCAUUAUCGUUCCACGAGCUCAAGGAGAAUGGUGAUGAACUGUAUGUUACACAGGAAAACAAAAAAGAAUUUGCCGACCUCUAUGCAGAUUUCUUGCUUAACAAAUCCGUGGAAAGACAAUUCAAUGCCUUCAGACGUGGCUUCCAAAUGGUUACGGAUGAAAGCCCGCUCGCGUUACUCUUCAGACCUGAAGAGAUUGAGCAGCUCGUGUGCGGAAGCAAAAUAUUUGACUUUGCCGAGCUAGAAGCAGCUACGGAGUACGAAGGCGGCUAUACGGUAGACAGCGAAGCGGUACGUAACUUCUGGCGUGUAGCACAUUCCUUGCCACCGGAGAGUCAACGAAGGCUUCUUCAAUUCACCACGGGUAGCGAUCGAGUACCCGUCGGCGGUCUUUCGAGACUCAAAAUGGUCAUUGCCCGACAUGGUCCCGAUUCUGACAGAUUGCCAAUAGCUCACACAUGCUUCAAUGUGUUACUAUUGCCGGAUUACAGUACAAUAGAGAAGUUGCAAGAUCGCUUAUUAAAAGCAAUUAAUUAUUCGAAAGGUUUUGGCAUGUUAUGAGCAUGCUCCAUCGCUCCUGUUUCUUCCACCGUCUUUCGAACGAUAUUCGAAGUACAUGAUAAGACUCGAUUACUUUUGUCAUUUUAUUCGUAGCUACAUUAUUCAGAUGUAUUUAUCAUAGUAAUCCAAAACCGUGCCAGUGCGCUUAAACAUGGAAACGUUGCUUGUGCAAUAUGAAAAUCAUCAAAAGGCUCCUAACGUUCUAAAAAUUCCAACGAAUCAAAGAUCGAAUCCUUUGUACAAAAAAACAAUGUUCUUAAAAAAAUGCUUUGAAACUUGCAUCAGUGCAAGAGUCGCUUGUACUAUACUGUGUACUUUUUCUACUAAAAUAUAGGUAACGAAGACCGAUUUCGUUAGCCAUUCCGAAACGAUUGAGGGAAGAAGUGCAAGAGACAUUUUUUGAAACGCACGACUACAAUGAGUGUAAAAACCGAACGCGGAACUGCAUUAUAAAAAUAAAUAUGUAACGUUAGCAGAACAUAGUCGACAUAAACAGGAUGCGUUUCGGGAACUCAAUGGUUGCAAUCAUUAUGUGAUUUUACGUCAAGAUAUUUUAUUUAUUAUUGCUUAAUUCAUUACGACAACAAAGUGAAUUGUAAUGAUAAUUGAUAUAUAAUGAUAAUUUAAACUUUUAUUAUUGAAGGGAUUUAUUAGUAUAAGUUAUUGCAACUUUUAAUUCAGUUUAUAUGUUUACAAUAUAGAUGAAAUUUUAAUUUUAAACAAAGUGAAAUUUUAUUUAUAAAAUACUUAAUGUAUUUGUAGAAAUGUGAUUUAUAUAAUUAUGUUAUGUAUAACGUAACAUUUAACUUGGAUAAUAGUUUAAUGAGUAAAAGUGAUAAUUGGUACAAAACGAUGUUCGCUUUUUUUAUUGAUUUGCAGAUUUUUAAUAUAAAUAUGAUGAUAAAAAAAAAUAAGAGAGGCUUUCAUUGUACGAAGUUGUUUUUAGAUGUGCCGUUUAGCUUCCUAAACGCAUCUGAUGCAGCAAAGCCGAAAACAACCCUUAAUAUGAAACACAUUGAGCUAAUGUCACUCUGAGCAGACUUUUUUUUUGUUAAGUAAGGCGUGGGAUAGUGGCGCUUUUGUAUGUAUUUUUCUUUCAAUUUCUAAUAUUUUUCUCAUAUAUCUCGCGUCACAAUGAUGAUCAAGUAGUAUCGAAUAGAAAUUCGAUUUGUAUAAACGUUUAUAAUAGGCAGCUCUUUAACGGCUGCCAGACAUUGUCAGUCGUUUUAUUGUUAUUCACGUGACAAUAAAGCUCUCAGAAAAAAUA